AUGAGCAUAUAUUUACUCCCUAAAACCCUUUGUGCUGCUCUUGAAAGGUUGAUGAACAGGUACUGGUGGGGGCAGAAAGGAGCUGACAACAGUAUUCAUUGGUUAGCCUGGGACAGAAUGUGUGCACCGAAGAAGUAUGGUGGCUUGGGCUUUAAACGCUUGCAUGAGUUUAAUGUAGCUUUGCUAGGCAAGCAGGGGUGGCAAUUGCUAACGAAUCCUGACUCUCUGUUGGCGCAGGUUUUUAAAGCCAGGUAUUAUCCUACUACUACUUUUUAUGGAGCUGUUAUGGGUGGUAAUCCGAGCUAUGUCUGGAGAAGUAUAAUGGCUGGUCAGGAGUUGGUUAGGACUGGGUACAGGCGGAGGAUUGGAAAUGGUAGGACUACUAAAGUUUGGUCGCAUCCGUGGCUACCUGAUGCACAUGACCCCUAUGUGGGUCUGAAUCACCAGAGUCUCAAUCAUGAGCUACUGGUUGCGGAUUUGAUUGAAAAUGAUACUAAGAAAUGGAAUGAUGGUUUAAUUAAUCAACUUUUUGCUCCUCGAGAUGUUGUGUUAAUUAAACAGCUGCCAAUUAAUGCGGACUAUGAGGACAUGUGGUUUUGGGAACGGGAUAUAAGGGGAUGCUAUUCAGUAAAAGAUGGGUAUAGAAGGCUGGUUGAACAGAAUACCCCAACCUCGGUGGUUUGGGGAAUGCUUUGA